ACUGGUCCCCAAGGUGAUAUACAAGUAGAUGGCAUUCGAGGUUUGCUGGAUGCGUAUCGCGCGGCUAGAUUAAUGGUCCAACCAUUUGCACCAACUGAGUUUUCCGAAGUGAUCUAUCACGUAUCUAAAUUUGCCAAAGCUGAAAGUAAACGACGUCUGGGCUUAUACUUUGUGCUGUUAAUUCUGACAGACGGCGGUCUUGCAAACCCUCGGCGCACUAUUGAUGCCAUAGUUGACAGCUCUGCACAUCCGAUGAGCAUUAUAGUUGUGGGAAUAGGCAGGGAUCGCGAUUUCUCGAGUGUGAAAGCGUUGGAAUCACCAGUUUUGAAGCACUCAGAUGGGCGUACGCUGUUUAGACAGAAUUUUCAAUUCCUUACUGCCGAUAUGCUAGACAGCGAUGAGGCAAUAGCUCUCAUUCCGCUCCAGAUCGCUCAGUGGAGAACUUCGUUUGUUCCAUCUCUUUGUAAUGUUUUACUCGUGCGUAAGCAACUCCUUAAUCUCGCUAAACUUCAUACGGGUGACCAUUUGUCAAAUAUUGUUUGA